GCAGGCAAACAGCACGCACAGCGAGAGCAGGACCACAGCACCAAUAUGGCGACAUCCGCAGUUUCUCCACUAGCUUUCCAAUAUCUGCAGAAGAGCAACGCCUUUCGGGAUAUGUGUUAACGCUUACAAAGUAAGUGGGCUUUUCCUUUUCUUUAGCGACAGGGCAAUUUUUUCGCAAGUGACCCCCGUUUUUGCUGCCCCCGUCUCAGAGCUGUCUGUCCUGGAUGCUACAUAACUAAGCAGCUCCGCUGCAGGAUGAAAAGAUGGCUGCACCUCUUAUGGCACCACCUGGACCUGACAGUUUCCACGUGUUUACCCGCGAGUCCUUGGCUAACAUCGAGAAACGCAUCGAAGAGCAGAAGGCCAAGAAGCCCCCCAAGCCCGACACCAGCCACCGCGAUGACGAUGACAACAAACCACAGCCCAACAGCGACCUGGAGGCGGGGCGGAGCCUGCCAUUCAUCUACGGAGACAUUCCAAACGGGCUGGUCGCAGUCCCAUUGGAGGAUAUGGACCCAUUUUAUAUGGACAAGAAAACAUUUAUAGUUCUAAACAGAGGGAAAACUAUCUUCCGAUUCAGUGCCACGCCAGCCUUGUACUGUAUAAGCCCUUUUAGUAUACUUAGGCGAAUAGCUAUUAAAAUUUUGAUACAUUCGGUAUUCAGCAUGAUCAUUAUGGCCACUAUUUUGACCAACUGUGUGUUCAUGACUUUCAGUAAUCCCCCUGAAUGGUCCAAGCAAGUCGAGUACACGUUCACUGGAAUCUAUACAUUUGAAUCAACUGUAAAAAUUAUCGCUCGAGGAUUUGCAAUCGAUGGCUUUACAUUCCUGCGUGAUCCAUGGAAUUGGCUCGAUUUCUGUGUCAUUUCAAUGGCAUAUGUGACAGAGUUUGUGGAUCUUGGGAAUGUUUCAGCGUUGAGAACAUUCAGAGUACUUCGGGCUCUGAAAACUAUUUCUGUCAUUCCAGGGCUGAAGACCAUCGUGGGAGCUUUGAUUCAGUCUGUUAAGAAGCUGUCUGAUGUGAUGAUCCUGACAGUGUUCUGUCUCAGUGUCUUUGCCCUGAUUGGGCUGCAGCUCUUCAUGGGUAACCUCCGUCAGAAGUGCGUGAUCUGGCCCAUCAAUUCCACCGAUAUGUACUUGAGCAAUGGCAGCAGAGGGCUGGACUGGGAGGAGUACAUUAUGAACGAGACAAAUUUUUACUUUGUGCCAGGAGCUCUAGAUGCCCUUCUGUGUGGUAACAGCUCGGACUCUGGUAACUGCCCUGAAGGCUACACGUGUAUGAAAGCUGGCAGGAACCCGAACUACGGCUACACCAGCUUUGACACCUUCGGCUGGGCCUUCCUCGCCUUGUUCCGUCUCAUGACGCAGGAUUAUUGGGAAAACUUGUACCAGCUGACUCUCAGGGCUGCUGGUAAGACCUACAUCUUCUUCUUUGUGCUGGUGAUCUUCGUGGGCUCCUUCUACCUGGUCAACCUCAUUCUGGCUGUGGUCGCCAUGGCGUACGAAGAGCAGAACCAGGCAACGCUGGAGGAGGCGGAGCAAAAGGAGGCGGAGUUCAGAGCUAUGCUGGAGCAGCUCAAGAAACAGCAGGAGGAGGCGCAGGCCGCAGCCACGGCUACCUCCGCAGGCACAGUGUCGGAGGACGCGGUGGAGGACGAUGGGGGCGGGCGGAUGUCCCGCAGCUCCUCCGAGAUCUCCAAGCUGAGCUCCAAGAGUGCCAAGGAGCGGCGGAACCGCAAGAAGAAGUGGCGUCAGAAGGAGCAGUCGCGGGGCGAGGAGAAGGGAGACAGCGAGAAGUUCGUCAAGUCCGAGUCCGACGACGGCAUCAAGAGGAAAUUCCGCUUCCCCGGAGACAACCGGCUGGGCAGGAAGCUGUCCAUCAUGAACCAGUCUCUGCUCAGCAUCCCGGGCUCGCCCUUCCUCUCCCGGCACAACAGUCGCAGCAGCAUCUUCAGCUUCAAGGGGCGCUCGAAGGACGCCGGCUCGGAGAACGAGUUUGCAGACGAUGAGCACAGUACGGUGGAGGAGAGCGAGGGCCGGCGGGACUCCGUCUUCAUCCCCGUGCGCAGGAACAGCUACAGCGGGUUCAGCCAGGGCAGCCGCUCCUCCAGGGUGGCCCCCGCCCUGCCGCACGGCGUGAAGAGGAACAGCACGGUGGACUGCAACGGCGUGGUGUCCUUAAUCGGGGGCCCGGCCUCCACCUUGCCCGGGGGCCGUCUCCUGCCUGAGGUGAUAAUAGAUAAGGCAGCUUCUGAUGACAGUCAAACCACCGAGGGGGAGAUGAAGAAGAAGCACCCGGGCUCACUGAUGGUGUCUGUGGACCAGCUGAACACCUCCUUCGCAGGAAAGGACCGGGCCAACAGCGUGAUGAGCGUGCUGACCAACACCCUGGUGGAAGAGCUGGAGGAAUCCCAGCGGAAGUGCCCUCCCUGCUGGUACAAGUUUGCCAACACCUUUCUGAUCUGGGAAUGCUGCCCCCUCUGGAUUCGGAUCAAGGAGAUCAUGAACAUGAUCGUGAUGGACCCCUUCGUGGACCUGGCCAUCACCAUCUGCAUCGUCCUCAACACCCUCUUCAUGGCCAUGGAGCAGUAUCCCAUAACCCCACAUUUUGAGAAGGUCUUGUCGGACGGAAACCUGAUCUUCACCGGCAUCUUCACAGCAGAAAUGAUGAUGAAGCUCAUCGCAAUGGACCCCUACUACUACUUCCAGGAGGGCUGGAACAUCUUCGAUGGCUUCAUUGUCAGCCUCAGUUUGAUGGAGCUGGGUCUGUCCGACGUUGAAGGGCUGUCCGUGCUGCGAUCCUUCCGAUUGCUGAGAGUGUUCAAGCUGGCCAAGUCGUGGCCCACGCUGAACAUGCUGAUCAAGAUCAUCGGAAACUCUGUGGGGGCGCUGGGGAACCUGACCCUGGUGCUGGCCAUCAUCGUCUUCAUCUUCGCCGUGGUGGGGAUGCAGCUCUUCGGCAAGAGCUACAAGGACUGCGUGUGCAAGAUCAACAAGACCUGCGAGCUGCCACGCUGGCACAUGAACGACUUCUUCCACUCGUUCCUCAUCGUGUUCCGCGUGCUGUGCGGGGAGUGGAUCGAGACCAUGUGGGACUGCAUGGAGGUGGCGGGACAGACCAUGUGCCUCAUUGUCUUCAUGAUGGUCAUGGUCAUCGGGAACUUAGUGGUAUUGAACUUGUUCCUGGCCUUGCUGCUCAGCUCAUUCAGCGCUGACAAUCUGGCCGCCACGGACGACGACGGGGAGAUGAACAACCUCCAGAUCUCCGUCAUCCGCAUCAAGACGGGCAUCGCCUGGUUCAAGGCCAAGGUGCGCCUCUGCGUGGCGUCGCACUUCAAGAAAAAAGCCGCGGAUGAGGUGAAGCCGCUGGACGACAUGUACGACAGGAAGCUGAACUGCAUCGGGAACCACACCGGCGCCAUCAUCAACCGUGACAUGGACUACCAGAAGAAUGGGAACGGCACCACCAGCGGCAUCGGCAGCAGCGUGGAGAAGUACCUGAUCGACGAGGACCGGCUCAGCUUCAUCCACAACCCCAACCUGACCGUGCGCGUGCCCAUCGCCGUCGGGGAGUCCGACUUCGAGAACCUCAACACUGAGGACUUCAGCAGCGAGUCGGACAUCGAGAACAGCAAAGACAUGGAUGACACCAGCUCCUCUGAAGGGAGUACUAUCGAUAUCAAGCCAGAUGCAGAGGAGGUAGUGGUGGAUCAGCCAGAGGAAUACGUGGACCCUGCGGCCUGCUUCACAGACGGGUGUGUGGCGCGGUACAAGUGCUGCCAGGUGAGCAUACUGGAGGGCAAGUGGAAGCACUGGUGGUUCCUGAGAAAGACCUGCUAUCUGAUUGUGGAGCACAACAUCUUUGAGAGUUUCAUCAUCUUCAUGAUCCUGCUCAGCAGCGGGGCGCUGGCCUUUGAGGAUGUCUACAUCGAGCAGAGGAAGACGAUCCGUACCAUCCUGGAGUAUGCGGACCAGGUCUUCACCUACAUCUUCAUCCUGGAGAUGCUGCUCAAGUGGGUGGCAUACGGCUUCGUUAAGUACUUCACCAACGCCUGGUGCUGGCUGGAUUUCUUCAUUGUCGACGUCUCAAUAAUCAGCCUUAUAGCUAAUGCCCUGGGGUACUCGGAUCUAGGUCCUAUUAAAUCACUUAGGACACUAAGAGCCCUGAGGCCGCUAAGAGCGCUGUCACGUUUUGAAGGGAUGAGGGUGGUCGUCAACGCCCUGGUGGGUGCAAUCCCUUCCAUUAUGAACGUGUUGCUGGUGUGUCUCAUCUUCUGGCUGAUUUUCAGCAUCAUGGGGGUGAACAUGUUUGCCGGCAAGUACUACUACUGCUACAACGAAACCUCGGAAGAAGUCUUCAACCACACAGAGGUCGACAACAAGACCAUGUGCGACAGCCUGAUCAAGCAGAACUUCACCGAGGUGCGGUGGAAGAACGUCAAGAUCAACUUCGACAACGUGGGCGCCGGCUACCUCGCACUGCUGCAGAUUGCCACUUUUAAGGGUUGGAUGGACAUCAUGUAUGCUGCUGUGGACUCCAGAAAGGUGGAACAGCAGCCCAUUUACGAAGACAACAUCUACAUGUACAUCUACUUCGUCAUCUUCAUCAUCUUCGGAUCCUUCUUCACCCUGAACCUCUUCAUCGGUGUCAUCAUCGACAACUUCAACCAGCAAAAGAAAAAGUUUGGAGGUCAGGACAUCUUCAUGACAGAGGAGCAGAAGAAGUAUUACAACGCCAUGAAGAAGCUGGGCUCCAAGAAACCACAGAAACCCAUCCCCAGGCCUCUGAACAUCGUGCAGGGCUUGGUGUUCGACUUCGUCACCCAGCAGGUGUUCGACAUCACCAUCAUGAUAUUGAUCUGCCUCAACAUGGUCACCAUGAUGGUGGAGACGGACGACCAGACCAAGGAGAUGGAGAACAUACUCUACUGGAUCAACUUCAUCUUCAUCAUCGCCUUCACCACCGAGUUCGUGCUGAAGCUCUUCGCCCUGCGCCACUACUACUUCACCAAUGGCUGGAACAUCUUCGACGUGGUGGUGGUCAUCCUCUCCAUCGCGGGCAUGUUCCUGGCCGACAUCAUCGAGAAGUACUUUGUGUCCCCGACCCUGUUCAGGGUGAUCCGUCUGGCUCGCAUUGGGCGGAUCCUGCGUCUCAUCAAGGGGGCGAAGGGGAUCCGCACCCUGCUCUUCGCCCUGAUGAUGUCCCUUCCUGCCUUGUUCAACAUCGGCCUGCUGCUCUUCCUGGUCAUGUUCAUUUUCUCCAUCUUCGGCAUGUCCAACUUCGCCUACGUGAAGCACGAGGCCGGCAUUGACGACAUGUUCAACUUCGAGACCUUCGGGAACAGCAUGAUCUGCCUCUUCCAGGUGACCACUUCGGCCGGCUGGGACGGGCUGCUCCUGCCCAUUCUCAACCGGCCCCCCGACUGCGACCUGACCAAGGACAACCCGGGCAGCCUGGUCAAGGGCGACUGCGGCAACCCCUCGGUGGGCAUCUUCUUCUUCGUGGCUUACAUCAUCAUCUCCUUCCUCAUCGUGGUCAACAUGUACAUCGCCAUCAUCCUAGAGAACUUCAGCGUGGCCACGGAGGAGAGCGCCGACCCGCUGAGCGAGGACGACUUCGAGACCUUCUAUGAGAUCUGGGAGAAGUUCGACCCGGACGCCACGCAGUUCAUCGAGUACGGCAAGCUGCCGGACUUCGCCGAUGCGCUUGAGCACCCGCUGAGGGUUCCCAAACCCAACACCAUGGAGCUGAUUGCCAUGGACCUGCCCAUGGUGAGCGGGGACCGCAUCCACUGCCUGGACAUCCUGUUCGCCUUCACCAAGCGCGUGCUGGGCGACAGCGGGGAGCUGGACAUCCUGAGGCAGCAGAUGGAGGAGCGCUUUGUUGCGUCCAACCCUUCCAAGGUGUCCUACCAGCCCAUCACCACCACCCUGAGGCGCAAGCAGGAGCUGGUGUCGGCCAUCGUCAUCCAGCGAGCCUACAGGCGCCACCUCGCGAAGAGGGGCUUUGUGUGCAAAAAGCGGCCAGCCACCACCAAGCUGGAGAAUGGAGGCACCAACCCCGAAAAGAAGGAAGGUACCCCUUCCACGGCUUCCCUCCCGUCCUACGACAGCGUAACAAAACCGGACAAGGAGAAGCAAGAGGAGGUCGAGGGGGAAGACAAAAGGGAAAGAGGCAAAAACCAAAAAGAUGUCAGGGAAUCCAAGUGUUAAAGAGUGUGACGAUGAUGAUGAUGAUAAUUUAAAUAAAUAACUACAUACAUAAAUAAAUAA